AUGGAUUGGGAAGCGGACGGAGGGCUAACACUGACACUAAUCGACACCCAUGUGGUGGACGUGAGGCACACCGAGUGGACCAGUUUCGAUGUGAUGCCGGCGGUGCAGCGGUGGGCCAGCAAUCCGGCCACGAAUCUAGGAUUAUAUGUGCGAAUCACCGAUUUUAAUGGCACACAUUCAUUGCCCGACGGCCAUAGGGCGCACGUGCUCUUAAAGCCAACCUUCGGAGUCACCCCCACAGCCACUAAUCCCAACGCCAACAACAGUCCUAUUAUUAAUCCCCAACACUAUUCAUCGCAGUCUAAAUCCCAGUCCCAGCACUCAUCAGGUGCUGAAACACCUGUACAAUCGUCGUCACCUCCUAAUGACAAAUCGUCGCCUAAUUCUGUUGUCAGUGCCAUCAAUGGGAUCCCAUCGACAGCACCUGUGCUGCCCAACGAUGGCCGGGCAGGAGCUGCUGCUGAGGCCAGUGAUGUGCCAGAAUUGCAUGUGGGGGUCGGCACUGAGGGUGACAGUGACAGUGAGCACGAGUGCAAACAUAAGACAAUACACACCAAAUCCGAGCAACAAUUCGAUGACAAUAAGGAGAACAAUGAGAAUGAGAAGGAAGAGGAGGUAGUGGUGACCGACGACGACUACUGGGCACACAUUCAACCACUACUGUUGACCUAUACGUCCGAUCGUCACGCAGAGGCCGACGCAGCGAAGUUGCGCCGCAAACGGCAAACUCAUGGCAACGGCCGGACCCGCGGCCGACAUCGGGGUAAGGGUCGCAAAGACAACUGUCGCCGACACUCGCUGUACGUGGACUUCGGUGACGUCGGUUGGAACGACUGGAUCGUCGCCCCUCCCGGCUAUCAGGCCUACUACUGCUCGGGCGAGUGUCCGUUCCCGCUGUCGGAUCACCUCAACUCAACCAAUCACGCCAUCGUCCAAACGCUGGUCAAUUCGGUGAACCCGUCGGCAGUGCCUAAGGCCUGUUGCAUACCCACAGAGCUGUCACCCAUUUCUAUGCUAUACGUCGAUGAAUACGAUAAGGUUGUGCUGAAAAACUAUCAGGAUAUGGUCGUUGAGGGCUGUGGCUGUCGCUAA